AUGGCACAGUGUACCUCAAUCAACUCCGUCAACCGUAGUAAGAGUUGGAAUACCGCGUUCUUUACGCGCCAAAACUACGAAUUUUUCAAUCGCGAUGUUCAGGAUCUAAAAGAUGUAAAUGCUGAUGCUGAGGACGAUUUGCAGCUUUUCAUCCGCGAUUUUGAGAGUUCAGUACCUUCGUGCCAACAACGAGACAUUAGAGCAUUCUGCCUCGAGAAUGAAGUCUUACCUUGUGCGGAACACAACGUAGCAUCAACUCGGGAAUGGGGCCAGGCUUGGCUCGAUGACCGAGAGGAGCUCACUGAAUUUUCCAGGACAUAUGAGGAAAGACUUUCGGCGAAUGAAUUGCUGUACUUUAUGCGUCAGCCUAGGUUUGGAUCUCCUAAUUUACCCAAUGCCGACAGACGUCUCAUUUACAUUGCUGAUCUCAAACCUUCAUUUGUCCGUGCUUUGGCCGAUACGGUACCAACAAAUGAGACCAAACCGCUCAGGGAUGCAAUUUGGAAGCAUCUUACCCUUCAGACCGUCAUAGAUGUCAAAAUUCCGCCCACAAGUUUCCCCAGGUGGAACUUGGAAUUCCAAAUGCCUUAUCUUGCUUUGAUCAGAAGGCCAUCCUCCCACAAAAACCACAAGGCAUUGACCAUCAACAAAAAGCCCAUCAGGAAUUUUAUAAGUCUGAAUUUCCUUGAUCUUCCGCAACCAGACGAUGGAGAGAUUGGCUCAUUUGGCAUUUAUGAGGCUCAGAUAUCAGUCCUGCUUUGUGGAGCAGACAAUUACCGCUACACAGGCUACGCAUUUGUCGAUACAGAGUUUCGGGAUCGUGAUGAAGAAAGUGAAGAUGACGAGCCCGAAGAAACGGGCGGGACGAAUGAUGAAGUAGACAUCGAUACUCUUUUGGAGGACCCCAUCAUUUCGGACUGCGAAAUCGAGAACACCGUGGAUGCCAAUAAGCCAACCUGGCCUCCCAGAGAAUAUUUUCUUACCAUUAUGGGGACCCGAAUGCAGCAGGUCUUGCGGCACUGGCAAGAUGUUGUUCACAUUGUUGAAGUUGGUGUGCACACCAGUACCAAUCUUGAAAUCAACAGAACUUUAUCUGAUGAUUCGGCGUGUAAUCAACUUGACCGCGUUGGAAAGGAAAUCAUGUGGGUCGCGAAGGCGUUCGCGGUUCUAGAGCAUUUGCGUAGUCGCCUGGCAAUCACAACCGAGGCGUGGGCUUGCUUCACGUCACCCAAUGGAAAUAUACAUUACUUCUCAGACAUGACAUCGCAGGAGAUAGGAACACGCAUUGACAGCAUUAGCGCCUGUUUCAAGGAUCUUGAGAUGUUGAUUCGGAAAUUGGAUCAAUUGCUUCGGGAUUGUGAGGCAAUGUCAAAAUCCCUUGAUGUCCGCAUGAAGCUAGAAACUAUAAGGCUCAAUCUACAGAGCAACCUUCUCAACCUUCAAUCGAACGAGCUGAAUCAGGCAAGCCACGCACUGAACACGCAGACGAUCGCACUGAACCACGAUACGAACCAAGUUGCUUUGGAGACAAAGAAAGUUGCAUUCGAGAGUCAUAAACUUGCAUUUCAAAGUCUCAAAGUUGCUUCGGAAAGCCAUGAAGUUGCGAGACUAGGGUUUUCGAUGAACCAAUUUUUCUUACCUACCGGCAUCGUUGCGGCACUGUUUGGCACCCAACAGGAAAUCUUUUACUUCAAACGCACCCCAAUGACUUUCUUAGUUUGUGCGGCAAGCAUGACAUUUUUAAUGUGGGUCCUAGCGAUUGGGAUAUUCAUGGUGGGCCGCAGUGAAUGGUUCAAGCACGCGAGCCUCAAAGUUAAGCAGGUUUUCAUCCACAGGCAAAAUACCGAUGAGCCUUCGCUGCAAGACAUGACCGACAACGAGCGUAACGUUUAG